CACCGCAGGUGGUUACGUAACAGUGACAAUUAAUUACAAAAAUAGUGUAGUGACGCGUGCAAUUUUUAUUUAAAUAAUGUUGUGGAGUUUUGUAAAGUUAUGGUGCAUAGUACAGAGAUCAAUUUAUGAAGCUGUUGUUCCAAUGAUUAAAUUGGCCUUAUCGAGUUUCACAAGUGGAAAGGAAAGACGAUAGUGCAGCAUAACAUGAGAUUCGCAGAAACGUGCUGUUGAUGACGUUAUGGGGUUGAUUUUCUUUGCCAGUACUUUGUUCCUCUGCUUAUGCGCGGCUGGAUUGCCGUUGCCACAGGGCGGUGGUGGGGCGGGGGUCCAUGGACAGCCGCAGGGACCGGUUCGUCGGGGCCGAGGGUGGCGCGACUGGCGCCGCGGCGACCCCAUGCUGAUCAAGGGACUAUGGAAAUCGAAGGGACCUCUAGAUUCCUUAGGGAACGCGGAGGCGUACAUCUUCUUAGCGUUGCUGAUCGGCGCCGUGACUGUGGUGGUCGGUUGUUGGCUGUCCGACAACUGCUGGUCCCCGGAACCGGAGGGGGUGGUCACCGUGGCAUAGCCUAGUGCUGACUUCCGUUCGUCCAGGCGAUAACAACUAGUACGCGGGCUCUCCUGCAGGAGCAUCCAGCACCACCUUGGCCAACCGAACCGACGUCCAUUGUUGGACAUCAACGACAACCACACGCUGUUGGCCGUGUGACGGCGGCCAUUUAACGGCCGCAAAAUGGAGGUGAUCGAACAUUAGCUCUCCCAGUCAUCGCGAGGCGUUCGACCGGGAAAUGUUCAUCGGCGACUUUCUAUACAGCCGUUACGGCUAAAACGGACGAUCGAUCGUGCGCGUUUCUUUUCCUUUAUUUCAGCCGGCCGCAUCGCGGUUUAAUGCGUCGACGUAAUUAGCGAAAUUGGAAACCAAACCGCGCGGAAUGCGCUUCGAUCCGACGCGGUGGCGACACACCGUGGAUUAUGCUUCCAUUGUUAACGCGAUCCACGUUUGAUCUUUGGCGAUGGUUAACUGAUGACGUACAGCCGCUUUCACACUUGAUGUCGCUACCAAUCUUGUUACGAUGUCACCCGAACAUCGAUGACGUCAGCUGAACAUCGAUCGCAUCAGCUGAACAUCGAUGUCGUCAGAUCAGCAAAAUAUUAAUGGAAGCUCGCUUAAUGCACGGAAUUAAAGCCACUUAUGAGUUCAUUGAUGCGUAACUGCGCAUGCUCCGUGCAUUAAACGUGAUCUGUGCGGAGUUGUUAGAUAAAUAUAUGUUUGUAGGAUUGGUUUACGAUGUCAGAUAAUUGGGAAGGGAUGUGACAUCACGUGUGAAAGGCUUGGUACGUAUGUACGCGAUGGUGUUCGAUAACGUGAAAGGGUUACGAGUUGACCGUCUGCUCGUGGAUUAACGAGAUCAUCGAAUUAGCUGCGAAAUGGAUUUGCGAGAUGUGCAGGUUGGGUAGCCUGCGGUUGAAGGUGGAUCGAAGGUAGAGUUGUACUUUCGCGAUACGGUAGAACCUUGAUUAGCAGAAUAUUGGUUAAUGGUAUGGUCGAUUGGUGAAAAUGGGAGAGGGUUUUAUUGGGUGUACCAAUUAAUUCGGUGCCUUUGAUGGUAUGUAAGGUUGGUUAUGGACUUUUGAAGGUAAUUUUCGUGUUAUUUGGAGGGUGGGGAGAAUGUUGUUGGUUUGGUGUGUUUGGGAAAUUGGA